AUGCCACGUGCCCGGCAACCUAACGGCGCCGUCCUGGUGCGCGCGUCCACGUCAGCCACUGAAUCAUCCCAGCUUUUCCUGGGAUUUGAUUUUGGCACGUCAGGGGCGCGUGCUGUUGUUAUUGAUGGCAACGCGACCAUUCUUGCUGACGUCAAGAGGAAGUACCCUCCUGCCGCCCAUGCUGAGUCAGCAUCCGAGUCAGCAGUCGGCAGCAGAAGCGACCCGGACGGUGACGUGUCAGCAGCGGAGGGGUGGCGGGCGGCGUUGUUUGGACUGUUACGCGACAUUCCCGAGGAGUUGAGGCGGCGAGUGGCGGCAGUGUCUCUGGACGGCACGUCCGCCACCACCAUGCUCGUGAGCCGAGCGGUGCAGGCUGGACGGCACGUCCGCCACCACCAUGGUCGUCAGCCGUGCGGUGCAGGUGACAUGGUGCUGGACGGCACGAGCGCCACCACCACCAUGGUGAUCAGUUGCUCAACACGUGAGCCCGUGGCCCGCCCCAUGAUGUACAACGAGGCGGGCAGCCCUGAGGCAGUGGCUGCCGUGGCAGCAGUGGCGCCGGCCAAUCACACGGCGACAGCUGCCACGUCCACGCUGUGCAAGCUGAUGACCUGGUGGAUGAGGCAAGGGGGGGUGGUGGGGGGAAAGGGGGAGGGGAGUGGGGAGGAGGAGAGAGGGGGAAGAGGUGGAGGAGGAGGGGGAGGGGAGGGAGAGGGGGAGGUGGUGAUGGUGCAUCAGGCGGAUUGGCUGUUGGGGCAGCUGUGUGUAGCAGCGGACGUGCAUGUGACUGACUUUAACAAUGCACUCAAGGUACGAGUAUGUGGGAUGGUGGCUGCAUGGGGUGAUAGUGCUGAUGGGUGGGAUGUUGGUGGGGUGGCAGCAUGGGUGAUUGCUGAUGAUGAGCUACCGGAGCAGCUGUGUGGAGCAGCGGACGUGCAUUGGGAGAUGCAUCACACUGACUUCAAUAACGCACUCAAGCUGGGCUACGACCCUGAGAGCAGCGCCUACCCCGACUGGCUGCUCGCGCUGCCCUUGGCGCCCAUGCUGCCACGGGUGCUGCCGCCUGGCUCCCUCAUUGGCACCGUGGGGGCAGAACUCACGACCGAGUUUGCCCUCCUGUCUGACUGCAUCGUCACCACCGGCACCACAGACAGCAUUGCCGCCUUCCUCACUGCGAGAAUUGACGAUGCACGUUUUGGAGUAUACAGCCACCGUUUGCCGCCCGGAGAUUGGGCGCCGCCCGGGGUGGAGAAUGAGGGGGAGGCAGAGCAGGGAGGUGCGGCAGAAGAAGACAAGGAAUGCAAGUGGCUGGUCGGCGGGGCGUCGAACACGGGUGGCGCAGUGCUGCGGGGGUAUUUCACAGACGAGCAACUGAGGGAGCUGAGUGCAAGAAUAGACCCGAGUGUAGAGUGUAAACUUGAUUACUACCCACUUACUCGCCCUGGGGAGAGGUUCCCCGUGUCCGACCCUGACCUGCUGCCUCGCUUGACUCCUCGCCCUGCUGACGACGCUCUCUUCCUGCACGGCAUUCUCGAGUCCAUUGCCACCAUUGAGUCCAUAUCCACCAUUGAGGUGCGCUUCUAUUACUCCCUCCCUUGUGCUCGUCAUUUCCUUGUCCCCCUUCUAUUCUAA